AAGAAGAACAGUGUCACGUCACACGUGCGCAUCAAAAGCGACGUGACGCAGGCAUAUUGCAGGCCAGCUAUAAACACAGAUUAAAACUAUUGAGUUUACCAACGUAUUUUAUUGAUUUAUGCAUGCAAAAAGGGGAUAUUCUUCAAGGUAUAUAUUUAAGUUUGACAAGUGGACCACAGAAGAGAGAGGCCCAACAGGAUGGCCAGUGUGCUCUGUAGUAGAGCCAGGCUGGUGACAUACCUGCCAGGGCUUCACGUACUUGUCCGGCGGAUCGCUGGACCCAACCAGAGAACAUUCUCUGGUGCUGGAUCCUCUGGGUCUGAUGAGCCUCGAUUAGCCGUCACACCCCCUGACCUUGGUCACAGGACAGUGUGGCCUGAUGAGAACAUGGGUCCGUUCGGGCCUCAGGACCAGCGCCUCCAGCUGCCAGGUAACGCAGGCUUCGGCUGCCACCUGGAGGGCACAGCAGAACAGAACAUUAAAGGUCCAGUCCACCAGACAGUGCCCGAUGUACUGUCUGCCCUCUCCAGCAGCGAGAGGUAUGACUUCCUCCUGGCUCAUGUUGUUGGAGAGUUCCAAGGGAAAGAGGCCACUCCCCCAGAACAAACGGUCCACAGAACAGAACAGUACUUUGAGAACUCCAAUGUGGAGUGUGCCAUACAGCCAUGCCCUGAGCUGCUGAAGAAAGAGUUUGAGUCAAUGUUCCCUGAGGCCCCUAACAACAUCAUGACGGUUGUCACAGUGACCCAGAAGACGCAGAAUGACAUGACAGCGUGGUGUGAGGCAGUGGACAAAGAGAGGGAGUUGAUGCUAGAUGAAUUUGUUGCUGGUGCCAAAGAGAUCUGUUAUGCCCUGAGGACAGAAGGCUUCUGGGCUGACUUCAUCGACCCAUCGUCAGGCAUGGCGUUCUUUGGGUCGUACACCAACAACACACUGUUUGAGACCGACGAGCGGUACUGUAACCUGGGCUUCAGCAUCGAGGACCUGGGCUGCUGCAAAGUCAUCCGCCACACCUUGUGGGGAACACAUGUUUUUGUGGGGACAGUUUUCACCAACGCACCUCCCGAUAGCCAUAUCAUGAAGAAGCUGCAAGGGAACUUAACCUGAAUGAUGGCAUUCUGGCAUGUGGUUGCUAUUAUACCUUGAUGUGUCAUGGCUCUACACAGGCCUCAACUACUGUUUGGAGAGCUGUUUGUUGUUCACAUUUCUAUAGAAACCCUCAAAAUAGUACUAUGGUGAAAUACCCACACACACGGUCCCUGAGGGUUUUACCAUUAGAGUAUAAGUAUUUUUUUGUGUCUAUGUGCCAGACAGUGUUUUUUUUCCCCUUCGGUGUGUUGUGGUUGAAGGCCUGAUUUUGAAAAGGGUCUCUCUUGCAAAAUAGAUUUUUAUCUGAGAGACUUAACUGUAGAAAUAAAGGUUAUAUUGAAUGUGAAAUAGAAAGUGGUUAAAGGUGGGUUGACUCUGUCCAGUUAGUAGAAUAAGUCAUGUAGUUAGAUAUAAAGCUGGGUUGACUCUGUCCAGUUAGUAGAAUAAGUCAUGUAGUCAGAUAUAAAGCUGGGUUGACUCUCCAGUUAGUUAGUAGAAUAAGUCAUCUAGUUAGGUAUAAAGACAAUAAGUCAUGUAGUUAGAUAUAAAGACAAUAAGUCAUAUAGUUAGAUAUAAAGACAAUAAGUCAUGUUAGAUAUAAAGCUGGGUUGACUCUGUCCAGUUAGUAGAAUAAGUCAUGUAGUCAUUUUGCACACCCAAUUUCUCAGUUUUUGAUUUGUUAAAAAAGUUUGAAAUAUCCAAUAAAUGUCGUUUCACUUCA